GCACGCGCUGUUGAAUGCUCUCUCGGCACUGAGAAAGACUGUAGAUCAAGGGGGCGCAGAGAAACUUUGCUGAGAGUCUCUCCAACACAUAAACACGGCGGAUCACACGGAGGACUGACGCUCACACCUUUAAUCCCAGAUAUGAAACAAUAUUUAAUUCUCUUUCAUUGGAAAUCACGCUCAUUGGUGGAUUUAAACGACUUUAUUGGGAAGAUGCACUUCGCGUGAACUGGUUUCUGGUCUUUCACGGAGUUUUUUUUUUUUUUUUUCAGCUUUGUUCGUCGUUUGGGACAGUUGGAUUUUAAGUCGAAACAUGCCGGAGAAAAUAAGCAUUUUGGAUUUCAUUUCUUUGGCGAAAGAGGACCUGUCGUCUCCUGGAAGCUCUGGGUUUCAGACUAAAAUGAACGAUUGUCGCAGCACUGUGAGCGCGCUUGAGGAGACUUUGGAACAAGACCAGAUGUCCCUACAUAGGAUGAAGAAAAUUGUGAAGGCCAUCCACAACACUGGACUCAAUCAUGUGGAGAAUAAGGAGCUGUACAUUGAGGUUCUGGAGAACCUGGGGAACAGUCACCUGACACAGGACAACAAUGAGAUCUCCACAGGCUUCCUGAACCUGGCCGUCUUCACACGAGAGAUCACUGCACUCUUCAAAAACCUGGUACAGAACCUGAACAAUAUCAUCUCAUUCCCUCUUGAAAAUGUGUUGAAGACAGAGUUGAGAGACAGCAGGCUGGAGCUGAAAAAACAGAUGGAGAAAAGCUGGAAGGAUUAUGAUGCUAAAAUAGGGAAGCUGGAGAAAGACAGGAGAGAGAAACAGAAACAGCAUGGGCUGAUCCGGCUGGAAGGGACAGACAUGGUAGAGGACAUGGAAAGAGAGAGGAGGAACUUCCAGCUGCAGAUGUGUGAGUACUUACUAAAGAUUCAGGAGCUGAAAGUUCGUCAAGGUCCAGACCUGCUGCAGAGCCUGAUCAAGUACUUCCAAGCUCAACUUAAUUUUUUCCAGGAUGGGCUGAAAGCUGCAGAGAAUCUUGGUCCAUUUGUGGAGAAGUUAGCAGCCUCUGUACAUACGGUUCGGCACGACCAGGACGAAGAAGUUAAGCAGCUUUCUCAACUGCGUGAAUGUCUCCGAACGCAACUGCAUUUGGAUGGCAAAGAGGAUUUUUUAAACAGGAAGAACUCUGGCCACGGAUAUAGCAUCCACCAGCCUCAAGGCAAUAAGAAAUAUGGCACUGAGAAAUCUGGCUUCCUUCUUAAGAAAAGCGAUGGUAUCAGAAAGGUCUGGCAGAAACGGAAGUGUGGAGUUAAAUAUGGCUGCCUCACCAUUUCUCAUAGCACGAUCAACAGACCACCAGCAAAGCUCAACCUCCUGACCUGUCAGGUCCGGCCUAACCCUGAGGAAAAGAAAACGUUUGAUUUAGUCACACACAGUCGCACAUACCAUUUCCAGGCUGAGGAUGAGCAGGAAUGUAUGAUAUGGGUGUCUGUGCUGCAGAACAGUAAGGAGGAGGCCUUGAACACAGCUCUUGGAGGAGAUCCACUGCAGUUUCAGGACAGUGGUCUGCAGGAGCUCAUCCGAGCUGUCAUCUCUGGCCUGAGAAAUCUGCCCGGCAAUGAGGCUUGCUGCGACUGUGGAGCUCCAGACCCCACUUGGCUCUCUACUAAUCUGGGCAUCCUCACCUGUAUCGAGUGUUCAGGAAUCCACCGCGAGCUCGGAGUACAUCACUCACGAAUUCAGUCUCUCACUCUCGACGUACUUAGCACCUCUGAGCUCCUGCUUGCAGUGAGCAUUGGAAAUUCCAGGUUUAAUGACAUUAUGGAGGUCAACCUGCCGAAUGAUUCGAUCAAGCCCCUCCCAAAAAGUGACAUGAUUGCCAGGAAGGAGUACAUUGUGGCGAAGUACGCCGAACACCGCUAUGUUCUCCCGAAAGAACACUCUGAACCGUAUCGUGUGUAUGACACUGUGAGGAGCAGAGACCUCACGUCAUUGCUGCAGCUCUAUGCAGAAGGAGAGGACCUCUCGAAACCAGCAGCCACACCUGAAGGACAGGACCUGAGGGAGACCGCUCUUCACUUAGCGGUGCGACUGGCAGAGAAGACGUCUCUGGCUCUGGUGGACUUUCUUGCUCAAAACUGUGGCUGCCUGGAAAAGAAGACUGCAGAAGGAAACACAGCUUUGCAUUACUGUGCACUAUACAGCAAAUCAGAGUGCUUGAAACUGCUGCUCAAAGCAAAGGCUGUCCUACACACAGUGAACUCAACUGGCGAGACUGCACUCGACAUUGCCAAGAGACUGCAGCACACACAGUGUAUCGAGCUGUUGGAGUUGGCCCACAGUGGGAAGUUUAACUCUCAGAUCCAUGUUGAAUACACGUGGGAGAUUCCACAAGAGAUGUAUGACAGUGAAGAUGAUCUGGAUGAAAGGGGGAGUCCGCAUCCUAAGGGUUCACGGUCUCCGCUGCCCCAUAGAGGCAGUAAUGGGAACUUCUCGUCUGCUUGGAAUGUAGUUAAAAGCAGUCCAGCUAGGACCUAUGAGAAUAUUGACUUCCUGUAUCGUAAUCCACCCAACAACAGCGCCCCCUCUGGUGGCUCCAUUCCUCCUCCCUUGCCAGCUAAAGCAAUACAGAGAGGUCGUUCAGAUCCUCAGAUCUCGGUUUCUAUUCCAGAGACUCACACACCCUACCGCCAGCGUUCCCACCCUUCUGGAUGCCUUCAGAGGACCUCCGCUGCGAUGGAGUCUUUGGGACAGGCACCUGCACGCUCUCACAGUACUGGAACAGCGAAAGGACAGAGACAUACGAUUUCCUGGGAGGGGCAUUCUUCCUCUGGGACGGAGGGCAAAAAUCACUCCACCUCUCCACAGAGUCAGAGAGGGCCUGUUAGUUCAGAGAAGACUACCUCGUAUCGGCGUACGAGCAGUGGGAGUCAGGGAAAGUAUUCGGUUUCGUCUCCAGGAUGUGCAGGCAGUCAGGAGGAGCUGUACUGCAGUCCAGUGGGUGGAGCUUCCAACCCAGCCCUGCCUCCAGCUAAUGUCAAUGCCAACAUCAGUGCCACUGUGCCAAUCCUACUCCCGCCACCUCGCUCACGCAAAAACGCCAUGAUUUCUUAUAGGCAGAGACCCAAGAAGGUCAGAGCUUUAGUGGACUGCAGAGCAGUUGGUUCAGAUCAGUUGGCUUUCUUUAAGAAUGAGGUCAUUAUAGUGACGGCAACUGAUGACCCACACUGGUGGAUCGGCCAUAUAGAGGGAGAACCAUCCAGAAGUGGCUCAUUUCCAGUCAACUAUGUACAUCAACUAGGAGAAUGAAUCUUUAUGAACACUAACAUCACACCAUGUGGACCAAGUCUUGACCAUUGCUUUUAUCUUAGCCGCUAGACCUAGAAACAAUGGAGACCGUAUCUGGAAUACAUUUAGAACUGGAAAGUUCAAAGACUGGAGUAGUGUGGAUGUUGUAAGCUGAUCCACUGAUCCAUUUCAGUUUGUAAUGGAUCUCAGCUCUGUUUAUCUGGAUUGAACGUUUGGAAGGUACAUCAUAAACGGCCCAUGAAUGAUUGGACUUCUUUGGAACAGGCAGAGAAGGGAAGAAAGUAAUCCAGCUUUCGGUUGCGGUUCGAAAGCCAAAUAGAACCAGCUCUCGCUAGCUUUGUUAUUCAAACAUAAGAAAGCACUUCUUAUUAUUGAAACAGAAGUUGAAGCAUUUAGACUACAUCUCCAGAAAAAAAAAGCCAAUCAGGCACCCUUGAAGUUUGCCUGUCUGAGACUGUAGCCCAGACUUGGAGGCACUGAACUCAUUUCCUCGUGCUCAUCCUGUGGUUGGUUCAGUAGCUCAGUAAAAUUGCUCUCUGGACAUAAUUUUUUACUGCCAGGCAUUAUGAAAUGCUAUGUUAGCUUAAUUUUGGCCAGACACCAGAUCCAGACUGAGAAAUGUAUUCCGUUUCGUCUGUCUCCGGUGCAUCGACGUUUCUUAUUGCUGCCGAUUCCCGGACAUCCAGCCCUGCACUUAGAUCUACAACAAUUAGUAACAUUCAGACUGAAAUGCAUAUUGACUAAAUUUCCAGAAUACUCAGCUAAAACAUCAAAAUAGUUUCUGAAAGUUAAAUGACUGACCAAAAAUAUUCUGUAGGCUUUGUUGUGCCUGAAUUUGCCAAAUAAGUACAGAAUUCAGUAUUCCUAAGCCCUAGCUUUUGAAAAAUUCCAGAACAUAUCAACUUAGUACAGUAGAUAGUACAGACACUGUUCAGCCUUUCCAUGCACAAAAAACACAGUCGACAGAUGUAAUAUAAAAACAUAGUAACCCAUAGCCACAUGGACAAAUUCAACAAAGAGCAAAUACUUGCACUGUAUUUAAUUCCGUUGUUUAUUCUAUAACAAAACAACUUUUUGGAAAUAACCACAAGUGCACAAUUUGGAGAGCCCAUAUUCUAUGCUAGUGUGGAAAAGUCAGACUCUGUUUGUUUUGCCUAUGAAAAAAAGGUUCUUUCUGUAUAUAUCGCUCCCAGUUAGUGUUUAUUUCUGCAUUCUUUUCUGUCUCUGUAUUGUUGUCGGUCAUUGUUUUUACGGGGUCUUCUCACCAGACUAAGGUGGUUUUAUGGAGCUUUUGGGAUGUGUCCAAAACCAGCAGACUCAAUAUAAAUGUUUGUAUAAGCUGAGAGUACGCAACAGAUGUUUUCCCUUCUGCCAUCUCAUUGACUUCUGUGAAGCAUUUUUUGGACAGAGAUGAAAGUAUGUUCUGUUUGCACCAGAGGUCCAAAACGGUUCAGCUGACUUUGUGUUUUAGGAAAGCAAGAGGCAAAAGGUAAUGCUGCUAGUAAAUAAUGCUUGUUAAACUUAAUUCUGUUGCAAACAUGCAUCACUGUAACUUUAUAUAUUCUUUAUGUUAAGAAAUGUCUGUUCUAGUCUGUUCACAAUGUAUUUGUAUUUCUUGACAUUUUGUUCAGAAUCGGUUAUUUUUAAAGAAUGGAAAGUGACAAUUAAACGUUUGCCAGAUAUGGUCA